AUGAUGAAAGCUAUGACAAUACAAGAUAAUGCAAAUCAAGUCGUGCUUAAUGGCAAGAAAGCAUCAAAUACUACUAAUAUAAAUAAUCAACGUCGAUCAUCUUGUUUUCAAUGGACAGAAUCAUUUCGGAGCCGAUUUUUAAAUGGAUUAUGUUGUUGUUGGAUUAAUCCAAUUAUAUUUACAGCUUAUCAACGAAAAUUAACAGUAAAUGAUCUUAGUAAUAUCCCUUAUAUUGAUAAAGCAUCAGUAUUAUUACAUGAAUUAUAUUCUUAUAAAUGGUUAUCAAUAACAACAUGGAAUAUCAUUUGGAAAAAGUAUUGGAAAGAUUAUAUAUAUUCUAGUCUAUUUUUGAUUCCUAUUUUAAUAACAAAUAUUGCUCAACCAUUACUUUUUCGUCAAAUUCUUUUGAAUAUGAUGAAUGAAAAUGGAUCGAAUACUGUUAGUUAUUUAUAUGCUAUUUUAUUAGUUAUUGCAGUAAAUAUAAAAACAUUCACACAUAGACAACAUUUAUUUUCUACUGAUCGUCUAGGUUUACGAAUGACUAAUGCACUUACAAUGAUUAUUUACAAACGUGCACUUUCUCUUAAAUCAACGUCAUUGAAAGAAUUCGAUACAGGUCAAAUUAUUAAUUUAAUUGCUAAUGAUGCAUCGAAAUUUGAAGAAAUGUGCAAAUAUUUUUCGUAUCUUUUUGAAGGAAUUAUUGAAAUAAUAAUUAUAUUUGGUUUACUUUGUUGGAUUAUAAAACCUAUUCCAGCAUUAUGUGGAUAUGCUUUAUUUCCUUUAUUUAUUCUUAUUCAAUUAUAUUUCAGUCAAAAAUUUAGUCAAUAUCAUCAAAAAAUUAUUGUUUGUACUGAUAAACGUUUACAAUCAUUUAGUGAAUUUAUUCGUGGAUGCCAUAUUGUUAAAUUUUAUAAUUGGCAAAAACCAUUAGAAGAUCGUAUAAUUAAAAUGCGAGAAAAUGAAUUUAAAAAUAUUCGAUAUGCAUCCCAUUUUCGUGCAUUUAAUUCAAGUUUAUUUUAUCUCUCUGGAUCACUUUUUGCAUUUUUUACAUUUGGUAGUGCUUGGCUCUUAGGCUAUCCAUUGAGUAUCGAAAAUACAUUUCCAACACUUUCAUUAUUUUCUAUAUUAAGACUAAAUUCAAUGUAUCAUAUACCAUUAGCUAUUGAAAAAUUAAGUAUAGCUAAAGCUGCAUCAAAAAGAAUAGAUGUAUUUAUGAAUUCGACUAUGGAACAAAAUAAUCAUUAUCAAUUAUUUACAGGUUUAAAUUAUAAACAAAAAAAAGGAAGUAUCUUUAUAUCUAAUGCAUCUUUCUCAUGGCAUAAUGACACACCUUGUUUAACAUUAUCUGAUUUAACUAUUGAACAAGGUACAUUUGUUGGAAUUUUUGGAGCAGUAGGAUCCGGUAAAUCAUCAUUAUUUGCUGCUAUUCUUGGUGAAAUGAAUCUUAUCAAUGGUCAAUUAAAUAUAAAUGAUGAUAGUUCAAUAUCUUAUUGUGCCCAGUCACCAUGGAUAUUUGAAGAUACAUUUCGUAAUAAUAUUCUUUUAAAUCGACCAUUUAAUCAUCAACGAUAUAACGAUGUGAUGUAUGCUUGUUGUCUUGAUAUUGAUUUAAAUCAAUUUGGACCAAAUUAUGAUCUUAUAAUGAUUGGAGAAAAUGGAUUUAAUUUAAGUGGUGGACAAAAAGCAAGAUUAUCGUUAGCACGUGCAUUAUAUACUGAUGCAGAUAUUUAUUUACUGGAUGAUCCAUUAUCUUCUGUUGAUCACAAAGUCGCUAAACAAAUAUAUGAAAGAUGUUUUGGUCCAUUUGGAUUAUUAAAAAAUAAAACUCGUUUAUUAGCUACACAUCAAAUUCAAUAUUUGAGUGAAUCACAUAAGAUUAUAUGUCUUUCACAUGGAUAUAUUGAUAAACAAAGUAAUUUAAAUAUAAAUAUCGUUAAUGGAGACAAUACAAACCGAAAUGAAGCAUCAUUAGUAACCAGCUUGAUUGAUGAUAAUAUAAAGUUAGAUGACAGUGAAUCUAGCAUAACUAUUGAAAAUUCAACAGAUGAGUAUGCUAGAUGGCCCAUUUGGUAUAAGUUAUUCACUGCACCACCCUAUAAUUGUAUCGGUUUUUGUUUACUUGUUGUUUUACUUUUGUUAGGGGAAGCAUUUAGUGAUGGUACUAGUUAUUGGUUGAGUUUGUCUUUCAAACAAUCUCAAACAAAUCAAGAAAUUUCAUCAGAGACUGUUUAUAUUUAUUUUGGUUUAAUUAUUACUUCGAUAAUUCUUGAUAUAUGUCAUAGUAAUUAUUAUUUUCUUCUCAUUCUAAAUGGUUCAAAUAGUUUACAUAAUCGAAUGUUAAAAGGACUUUUGUACACAUCAAUAAAAUAUUUUGAAACAAAUUCAAGUGGAAGAAUACUUAAUCGAGCAAGUAAAGAUCAAUAUGUUAUUGAUGAAUUACUACCAGGAGUUUUGUGGGAAGGCAUAAAAUCAAUUUUAAUUGUAAUUGGUUCAUUGUUCAUUAUUUGUUUAAUUGAUUUGUCACUUUUUCUUAUAUUUCUCCUAUUGAUACCACCUAUCUGGUGGACGAUUUAUGUUUAUCGAAGAUGUUCUCGACGACUUAAACAACUUGAAACUAUAACUCGUAGUCCUGUUUAUGCACUAUUUUCAUCAUCAUUGAAUGGAUUAACAACAAUUCGUUCAUUAAAAGCUGAAAAUACUUUUAUUCAAUCGAUUGCUAAUAGAAUUGAUUUACAUACAUCUGCAUAUCUCGCUGAGCAAGCCACAUCACAUUGGUUUUCAUCAGUACUUUUUGCUGUUGGUUCAUUAAUAUUAUUAGUUACUUCUAUUCGAAUUUUACAUGCCUACGAUUAUGAAAAUGCUUCAUCGGUUGCACUUACUUUAAUGACUGCAAUGCAUAUAUCAGUAUGGUUUCAGUGGGCUGUUCGACAGUUUUGUGAAGCCGAUAUAAUGAUGGUAAGUGGUGAACGCAUCGAUGAAUAUGCGCAUUUACCAUCUGAAGAUAAUGGUGGUCGUCAUGAGCGUUUUGAUAAAACUCCAACAAAUUGGCCAACUCAUGGAAAAAUUGAAUUUAUAAAUUAUUCAUUACGUCAUCAAUUUAAUACUGAAUAUGCACUGAAAAAUAUUAAUUUGUAUAUAAAAUCUGGUGAGAAGAUUGGUAUUAUUGGUCGCACAGGUGCUUAUAAAUUAACGACAGAUAACAUUGAUACUCGAGCGAGAAAAAAAAAACUUAGUUCCAGUUAG